CCCUACUUCCGGUGGUGGUGUGGUCUGCCCCUGGAGAACCCAGAAGAACACAGCUGUGCGCGCCCACAGGCUCUGGGGGCGGGACCUACACCUUAGGAAAGCCGGAGAAUUGGGGCACGAAGCGGGGCUUUGAUGACCCGCAAAGGGCGAGGCAUGCAGGAGGUGGAGGAAUUAAGUGAAACAGGGAAGGUUGUUGAACAGCACCCUGUGGGCGAGGCCUUAAGGGUCGUGGUCCUUGUCUGGGCGGGGUCUUUGGGCGUCGAAGAGGCCUGGUUCUGGGUGGGCGGGGCUACUACGGGGCGGUGCCUGCUGUGGAAAUGCCGGCCCGCGCGCUUCUGCCCAGGCGCAUGGGGCAUCGUACUCUAGCCUCCGCUCCUGCCCUGUGGGCCUCCAUCCCGUGCCCUCGCUCUGAGCUGCGCCUGGACCUGGUUCUGCCUUCUGGACAGUCUUUCCGGUGAGUGACUGAGCCUGAGAAGCCUGUCCCCUGGGACUGGCUCCUGCCGCCUCAGCACUGCCUGGCAUGGGGUACAAAGGAAUUCGGGGGAUGAUGGAAGAAACCCGGGGUACAAAAGAGGAAACAAGCACGGGUAGCCAACGUGUUACCUUUAAUAUGUCUGUGCAGUGAUAUUGUAAGGAUCCAGCGGUAUAACCGAUGCAGAAGAUAAUAGCACUUGUUUUUCUUUUUUUGAGACAGGGUCUCGCUCUAUUGCCCAGGUAGGAAUACAGAGAGGCCCAUUCCAGCCUCGACGCCCCGGGCGCAGCCUCCCGAGUAGCUGGGACUACAGGUGUGCGCCAUGCCCGGCUAAAUUUUUGUAUUUUUUGUAGAGGUGAGAUUUCGCCAUGUUGCUCAGACUGGAAGAUAGCACUGUUACUUGUAUUAGUUUUGUACAUGGAGCUAUUGUAGGAUAGGAGGGACCCCAAAGGGUGCAAGAAAGGAAAUUGAGUGCCAGGGUUGUCAUGUGCCUUGGGCUCAGGUGGAGGGAGCAAAGUCCUUCACACUGGAGUGGUGUACUAGCGGAUCAAGUAUGGACACUGACUCAGACUGAGGAGCAGCUCCACUGCACUGUGUACCGAGGAGGCAAGAGCCAGGCUAGCAGGCCCACACCAGACGAGCUGGAGGCUGUGCGCAAGUAUUUCCAGCUAGAUGUCACCCUGGCUCAACUGUAUGACCACUGGGGUUCCGUGGACUCCCACUUCCAAGAGGUGGCUCAGAAAUUCCAAGGUGUGCGACUGCUGCGACAAGACCCCAUCGAAUGCCUUUUCUCUUUUAUCUGUUCCUCCAACAACAACAUCGCCCGCAUCACUGGCAUGGUGGAGCGGCUGUGCCAGGCUUUUGGACCUCGGCUCAUCCAGCUUGAUGAUGUCACCUACCAUGGCUUCCCCAGCCUGCAGGCCCUGGCUGGGCCAGAGGUGGAGGCUCAUCUCAGGAAGCUGGGCCUGGGCUAUCGUGCCCGUUACGUGAGUGCCAGUGCCCGAGCUAUCCUGGAAGAACAGGGCGGGCUAGCCUGGCUGCAGCAGCUACGAGAGUCCUCAUAUGAGGAGGCCCACAAGGCCCUCUGCAUCCUGCCUGGAGUGGGCACCAAGGUGGCUGACUGCAUCUGCCUGAUGGCCCUAGACAAGCCCCAGGCUGUGCCCGUGGAUGUCCAUAUGUGGCACAUUGCCCAACGUGACUACAGCUGGCACCCUACCACGUCCCAGGCGAAGGGACCGAGCCCCCAGACCAACAAGGAACUGGGAAACUUUUUCCGGAGCCUGUGGGGACCUUAUGCUGGCUGGGCCCAAGCGACUCCACCCUCCUACAGGUGCUGUUCAGUGCCGACCUGCACCAAUCCCGCCGUGCUCAGGAGCCACCAGCAAAGCGCAGAAAGGGUUCCAAAGGGCCGGAAGGCUAGAUGGGGCACCCUGGACAAAGAAAUUCCCCAAGCACCUUCCCCUCCAUUCCCCACUUCUCUCUCCCCAUCCCCACCCAGUCUCAUGUUGGGGAGGGGCCUCCCUGUGACUACCUCAAAGGCCAGGCACCCCCAAAUCAAGCAGUCGGUUUGCACAACAAGAUGGGGUGGGGGAUAUUGGGGGAGACAGCGCUAAGGAUGGUUUUAUCUUCCCUUUAUUACAAGAAGGAACAAUAAAAUAGAAACAUUUGUAUGGAAAA